UUAUGCCCUUUUAUCAAUAGAGGAGGAGAGAGAGUUAAAUCUUCAGCUUCCCCACCGUUACUGUCGUCACAAAAAUAAGAAGUGCAAAUAUCGAGACUAAUGGACCAGCCAUGCUUAGAUGAGAGGGAGGAGGAAGCUCAGGUGAUGAGCGAAGUCCACCUUGGUUGCCCACCUGACUCCUCUGGGCCACACAUUUCUCAUUUUACCAUCUCCAUUCCACCUGGUGUUGAUCAUAGCAGAAGUAAGGAUUUAUUUAAAGAUGAAUCAAUACCUCUGCAACAAAUGAUUUGUUUGGACGAAGAUGGUGAUCUUAUUCUAAAUAGACGCAGCUAUUAUCCAACUCAUAGUUUUAGUGUAACCAUCCAGCAUAAUAUCACAUCAUCAAUUCCAAGUGUGGGGUUACAGGUUUGGAAAGCAGAACUGGUAUUAUCUGAUUUUGUGUUGCAUAAAAUGUUUACUUCUUCUGAACUGGAUGGGAUUAGUUCAUUAGAACUUGGUGCUGGAACUGGGCUGGUGGGUAUGUUGCUUGCACAUGUUGCGAAAACUGUGUUCCUAACAGACCGAGGCUAUGAAAUUCUUGACAACUGUGCAAGGAAUGUUCACCUCAAUUCUGAAGUAUUAAAAUAUCAUGGUGCAAUUCAUGUACGUGAACUUGAUUGGUUGAGUUCCUGGCCACCUAUGUGCCUUGGAAAUUCUGGAGAUCAUAAAAGUUACUUGUGGAUCCCCACAGAAGUUGAAGAAGCUCAGGGGGCUUCUUUGCUUCUAGCUGCUGACGUGAUAUACAGUGAUGAUCUGACUGAUGCUCUUUUUAGUAUUCUAGAGAAACUAAUGUCACUGGGUUCAGAAAAGGUUUUAUACUUGGCAUUGGAAAAGCGUUAUAACUUCAGUCUUGAUGACCUUGAUGUCGUUGCUAAUGGCUAUUCACAUUUCCUAAGUUAUCUCAGGAGGGAGGAAGAAGAAUAUGAAGAACUUGGAUAUGGAACCUCCCCUUGUUUUGUUGGCAAACGUGUUGAUCUUUCAUUAAUUCCACAAUACGUUAGGGAGUAUGACAGAGGAAAUGACGUUGAACUCUGGCACAUCAAGUUUGCUGGAAGGAAACCCGUUCAGAAGAUUCAUGGGGUUUGAUUUCAGCUUAAAUUCAUUUUUAAACAAAUCCAAACCAUAAUUAAUCUCUUCUUCGAGAAACUUCCGUUGCCGGAAAAAUUCGAACGGCAAGCUGCUAUUGUUGGUUUAGCAAUACCGGAUCAUGCAGCAGGCUGUAGGAGGCUGCUGCCUGUUGUCCUUGAAAGGAAAGAUGAAAAUUGCAAUUUUACUC